UUUGAGCGUGUUCAGCUCCAGGUUGUUGUCACUGCACCAGACAGCCAGCUGCUCAAUCUCUUGUCUGUAAGCAGACUCGUCACCAUCCUGGAUGAGAACGAUGACUGCAGCGUCAUAUGCAAACUUCAGGAGUUUAAAAGAGGGGUCUUUAGAGGUGCAAUCAUUUGUGUAGAGAGAGAAAACCAGUGGGGAGAGAACGCAGCCCUGAGGAGUUCCAGUGCUGAUGACGCGGGUGUUGGAUGUGAAUUUUCCCAGCCUCACUAGCUGCUGCCUCUCUGUCAGGAAACUGGUGAUCCAUUGACAGAUGGAGAUGGGUACAAAGAGCUGUGUCAGUUUAUUCAGAAGGGUAUAUGGGAUAACGGUGUUGAAAGCAGAGCUGAAGUCCACAAACAGGAUCCUUGCAUAUGUCCCUGGUUUGUCCAGAUGUUGGAGGAAGUAGUGCAGUUCCAUGUUGACUGCAUCAUCCAUAGACCUGUUUGCUCAGUAAGCAAACUGCAGGGGGUCCAGCAAGGGUCCAGUAAUGUCCUUAAAGUAGGCCAACACCAGUCUCUCAAAUGUCUUCAUGAAAUAUGAAUUAUUAAUUAUUAUGUAGUGAAUAAAAAAAGUUUUUAAAAAAUCUCAUGUCACCAAGGACAUUGUGAUUUUUGGGUCACACGUCACUCAAGGUGCUGUGAUGAGUAUAUCAGAUGACCAAUUCCCACCUUGCUCAGUUCAGAGCACCAGUUGAGGACUGUUAAAGCCUUUUCACACUGAAUGUGAAAAUCAGCGCAAAUAUUCCCUGCGAUGACAAUUUUGAAUCAAUAGAUCCCUAAUGGGGCUAUUCACACCAGGCACGAUCAUUCACGGUGCGAAAAAGCGAAGAUUUUUUUUUCCGUCGUGUGUGUCAAUUUUUCUUCCCCGUCGCUCCGCGAUGAAACAGGCCGUCUGAUUAGAUGAAGAGUAUCCCGCAUGAGAGAAGAGAGUGGAUGCUGAGUUCUUGUUAUCGUUUUUAUUUGAGAACAGAUUUAUUCUCACAUGUUCUUUAUACAGAAUAUCGUUUCUAUUAAUUCUCCACUGAAUUAUGUGAUCUAAAGAUCACCGUCAGUUUUAUUCCACGAGCACAAGUGUUACGAGUCCACUCUAGAAUGCACGUUCACUCUAGACCUGUCAAUCAUAUAAUCAUAUCUCUUGCUCUUCUGUAUAUAAAAAAUUAGAGAAACAUUGUUCUACACAUGAAAUAUGAAAGCAAAUAUACAUAUGAUUAUGACAAUAUACACUGCUCAAAAAAAUUUAAGAAACACUUUGAAAACACAUCAGAUUUCAAUGGGGAAAAAUAUCAUGCUGGAUAUCUAUACUGAUACGGACUGAGUAAUGUGCUAUGAACGAAAGGAUUCCACAUCGUUUGAUGGAAGUGAAAAUUAUCAACCUAAAGGGGCUGAAUUCAAAGACACCCUGAAAAUCAAAGUGAAAAAAUUAUGCAGCAGGCUAGUUUUGCUGAAAUUUCAUUGCAGCUACUCAAAAUGGUACUCAGUAGUUUGUAUGGCCCCCACGCGCUUAUAUGCUUCCUAAUGAGACGAUGGAUGGUGUCCUGGGGUAUUUCCUCCCAGAUUCGGACCAGGGCAUCACUGAGAUCCUGGACAGUCUGAGAUGCAACCUGACGGCGUCAGAUGGACCGAAACAUAAUGUCCCAGGGGUGUUCUAUUGGAUUUAGGUAAGGCGAGCGUGGGGGCCAUUCAAUGGUAUCAAUUCCUUCAUCCUCCAGGAACUGACUGCAUACUCUCCGGGCAUUGUCGUGCACAAGGAGAAAUCCAGGAACCACUGACCAGCGUAGGUUCUGACAAUGGGUCCAAGGAUUUCAUCCUGAUACCUAAUGGCAGUCAGGGUGCCAUUGUCUAGCCUGUAGAGGUCUGUGCGUCCCUCCAUGGAUGUGCCUCCCCAGACCAUCACUGACCCACCACCAAACCGGUCGUGCUGAACAAUGUUAUAGGCGGCAUAAUGUUCUCCACGGCUUCUCCGGACCCUUUCACAUCUGUCAUGUGCUAAGAGUGAACCUUCUCUCAUCUGUGAAAAGCACAGGGCACCAGUGGCAGACCUGCCAAUUCUGGUGUUCAAUGGCAAAUGCCAAUCGAGCUCUGUUGACGGGCAGUGAGCACAGGGCCCACUAGAGAACGUUGGGCCCUCAGGCCAUCCUCAUGAAGUCUGUUUCUGAUUGUUUGGUCAGAGACAUUCACACCAGUGGCCUGCUGGAGGUCAUUUUGUAGGGCUCUGGCAGUGCUCAUCCUGUUCCUCCUUGCACAAAGGAGCAGACACCGGUCCUGCUGAUUGGUUAAGGACCUUCUACUGCCCUGUCCAGCUCUCCUAGAGUAACUGCCUGUCUCCUGGAAUCUCCUCCAUGCUCUCGAGACUGUGCUGGGAGACACAGCAAACAUUCUGGCAAUGGCAUAUAUUUAUGUGCCAUCCUGGAGGAGUUGCGCUGCCUGUGCAAUCUCUGUAGGGUCCAGGUAUCACCUCAUGCUACCAGUAGUGACACUGACCCUAGCCAAAUACAAAACUAGUGGAAAAACGAUGAGAAAAGAUGAGUAGGGAAAAAAAUGUCAAUGGCCUCCACCUUUAAACCCAUUCCUGUUUUGGGGGUUGUCUCAUUGUUGCCCAUCUAGUGCACCUGUUGUUAAUUUCAUUAACACCAAAGCAGCAGAAACUGAUUAACAACCCCCUCUGCUACUUAACUGACCAGAUCAAUAUACCAGGAGUUUAGUUGACUUGAUGCUAUACUCUGAAAAAGUGUUCCUUCAAUUUUUUUGAGCAGUGUUUUUAUGCAGCUCAUGGUAUUUUUAGAAUAAGGAUGUUUAUGCCAAAUGACAAGCAGGUAGCGUUCAGUCCAUUAUAACAUAUAAAGAGUGCAUGUCUGCCUAUUAUAGAAACUAAAGCCAUUUUAUAUCACAAUCAGAAGUUAUUACAAGCACUCAAUGAUGGUUUAAAGUGGGGUUUGAUUAAAAACAUUAAUAAUUACAUACAUUUUGAAAUGUAGCUUGAUGCUAAUUGUACCUCUAAUUAUAUUUUCAGAUGCAUUCUUGUAAGCAUUAUGGAUAGUUUGUGUUUCUGAUGAAGAAUCAAAAGUUAUUUAUCUUAAUUUAAUGGUAUGUUGAGCAGCGAACAAUGUAAAAGCCUUAUACGAGAUACAUAGGCUACAUUAGGAAAAAGUGCAUUGCUGGUCGGCACCACUUAGUGUGCAGGCAUGAAUUAGCAGAUGGCGAUCAAUCGUUUCACGCUCAGUGUGAAAACAAUAUUCGCUGGCAAUUCGCCUUGCUUUUUCGCAUCGUGCUUAGUGUGAAACAGCCUUUACUUUGACAAUAUGGGAGUGUUUCCCACAAGCUGUUCCACAAUUUGAGAUUCAUUAACUGGAGGGAGUUGGUCAACUGAUUUAUCUGAAAGAUUGGUGGUUUAGAUAGCUAGUAGAGUCUUGGAUCAUCAACACAAAGAAGACACAAUUUUAAUAACAUUAAUGAAAUUUAUUAACAAUAGAUAUGCAAGAGGAAAUACAAAAACUAGUGAUAAUACCAAUAAAUGAAUAUGCACUGCUAACAGAUAAUAGACAACUAAACAAGAAGGAAGAUACCAAAUAAAUCGUAGAAACAAAUAAACGGAGUGAACACAGAAUGGCUAAAUGUCAAGUCAAGUCACCUUUAUUUAUAUAGCGCUUUUAACAAUACAGAUUGUGUCAAAGCACUUAACAGUAAGAUUAAAGACUCAAUUUUCAGUUAAAGGCAUUUCAUUAUUGAAUUCAGAGAUGUCAUUGUCUAGCUCAGUUUAGUUUAAAUAGUAUCUGUGCAAUCAAAUCGACAAUAAUCGCUAGAAAUGAAGUGUCCCUGCGCGACUUUAACCGAGCAACGACACCGAGCUACACAAUUAAGUAUCUUUUUUUCCUUCCUCAAACACUCUGCUUUCCUAUCCUCUUUCCUUCUACCUCUAUCAUGUGUCUCCAAAACAUUCUGGUUCUCUCUCAGCCACGCUCUAACAUCACUCGCAGACGGCAACGUAAUCCUGCUAACCUACGCCCUAUCUCUACAUCUUCCACUACACCUCUGGCUUUCUCUGUGGGUCUCUGGAAUUGUCAGUCAGCCGUCAACAAAGCUGAUUUCAUUUCUGCCUUUUCUUUAAAAUCCACUCUCAGCAUCUUGGGCUUGACUGAGACCUGGAUUCGUCCAGAAGACUCAGCAACCCCAGCUGCUCUCUCUACUAAUUUCUCUUUCUCUCACACUUCGUGUCAAGUUGGCCGGGGUGGGGGUACUGGCCUGCUCGUUUCAAACAAUUGGAAAUACUCAACCCGCUCUACCCUAUGCAAUUACAACUCAUUUGAAUCUCAUGCCAUUACUGUAUCAGCUCCGAUAAAACUCCAGAUUGUGGUAAUCUACCGUCCCCCUGGACAAAUUCUAGCCACCUUCCUAGAGGAGCUGGACGGAUUGUUGUCCUCUUUUGUGGAGGAUGACACUCCACUCUUAGUCUUUGGUGAUUUCAACAUUCACCUAGACAAGCCUUAUGCUACAGACUUCCACUCACUCCUAGCUUCAUUUGAUCUCAAUCGCCUUACCACUACUAGCAUGCACAAAUCAGGCAACCAACUUGAUUUAAUUUACACACGCAAUUGUACUGCAGAUAACAUUCUGGUACAACCGCUACAUAUCUCGGACCAUUUCUUCAUUACAUUUACACUACAUUUUGCUACCCGUGUGCCACCAACCCCCCUACCGGUUACUUUUAGACGAAACCUACGCUCCCUUUCUCCUUCCCAUCUUUCCUCUGUAGUAUCCUCCUCUCUUCCCUCACCUACCCAUUUCUCAUCUCUGGAUGUAAACGCAGCUACUGAAACUUAUGCUCUACCUUAACUUCUUGCCUAGACGACAUUUGUCCUCUCUCCUCUAGGUCAGCACGGGCUGCCCCUUCUAACCCCUGGUUAUCUGAUGUUCUUCGUGAACAUCGGACUAAACUCAGAGCGGCAGAGAGAAAAUGGCACAAAUCAAACAACCCGUUGGACCUGAAACAACAAACUGGAUGCUAAACAGUCAGGUUUCAGGAGUGGCCAUUCAACUGAGACUGCGCUUCUUUCGGUCACUGAAGCCCUGCGAAUUGCAAAAGCCCAUUCCAAAUCAUCAGUCCUCAUUCUGCUGGAUCUAUCUGCCGCGUUUGACACUGUCAAUCAUCAGAUACUCCUCUCCACCCUCUCAUCACUGGGCAUC